AUGAUCGCCACAAUCCUGGAUUCCGGAACUCACAGGCACGGAGGCACCGAUAUCCCGGUGGUCUCCCUCCACCGCUCCCUCCUUUCUCUCUUUAGAGCACUGACGCCCUUUAAAAAAAAACCCUACAUUUUCCAAUGUGAGCCGCUUCCUGAUCUCAUUAACUUUGUCCUCAGUGACUUGACCAGAGCCUGCUUCCAGCCCGCAGCAGGCAGGAGACUGUGUAAGUCAAAGGUCCCUCAGGCCCAUCACCAGGUCAGUGUCAAGGUCUCUCCCAAGGACACCGAGAUGAAAACAGCAGAAGAGCCAGCCCCGAAUCUUGGGCAGACCCUGGAAUGGCUGAGAAAGGAACUGGCUGAGAUGCAGAUCCAAGACCAGAAGCUCCUGCUCACACUGAGGCACCUCCACAGCGUCCUGGAGGAGCUGCGUUCUGAGAGUGCCCACUGGGAGGACACCAGGUCCAGUGGAGGGGCAUCACCCAUCAGAGCUCGAGCAGGCUCCGAAGGCAGGGGUCACCCUCCCAUGUUGUCCAGGCGCCUGGCCCAGCUCCUCCAAGGGGUAGACAGCAGGCGAAGCUCCCUCCCUUAAAUGGCUAAAGGUGACGGUGGGCUUGAACCCUCCCACCACUAGUCUAAGUUUUGUGAUGUUGUUGGGGGAGAGCACUGGAAUGGGAGUCAGGAAGUCUCUAGCUUCACCUCUGCCCUCAUCCACUGAGUGUCCCUGGACGCAUCACUCAGCGUCUCUGUGUCACUAGUUCCUUUUCUGUCAUUUAUCAGCAUUUUGGAUGAGAUGUCACAAAACUGGAUGUGAACAUGCUUUGAAAAACACAGCUAUUUUACAUGGCUUCUGGAAAGCACCAUGAAGUAGUCCUAUCUUUGGGCAUUUCUCGAAACAUGAUUGUUAAAACAAAAAGCUUAAUGUGUGAGGAUGUUCAUCCAGCCUUGCCAUCGUGAACAACAGGACACUCUGUAAAGACAGGAUGGUUGUUUGCUGUUUCCCCAGCAGGCCUUCUCAUUCCCCUUUGUCUGAAAGCAACAGACCUUGCCACCCUCUGGCCAUACGGAUGGACAAGUGGUCAGGCCUGCCCAAUUUUAAUGCAUGAUCACCCUAACAACAUGAUUGGCCCAGUGGGUUGCCAUGUGACUCAUCAUAGCCAAUCACAUCCCUUCUCUGGGAUUGCUAGCCAGAUGUUGGUUCUACUGCAGUUGCAAAGCUGGGGCUGCCAGGGGCCUUAUUCCCCUCCAGGUGGGGCAGACCUGUCUGUGCUCGGAAAGAAAGAGGCUAACUUGACAGAGAAAUAGAGAAAGGGCCACACAAGAGACAGGCUUGCUCUUUUUAGUCCCUGGUUUCAGGUCCUAGUUCUGCGAGUUACUCCUGCCUUCUUUCCAGUGACUGAAAGCAGUAAUUCCACCACCAUUGCACACACCAAUUUGUUUUUGCUUUAGCUGAUUUGAGAAGGGUUUCCCUCCUUUGCACCCAAAACAGUCCUGAGGAAUACAAUGCAGACGGUCAAAGAAGCAAAGGAGGGAAAUGAUGAAGAAAACAGCACCUCACUCAUUCAGAGCUGGCAGUAACAACGCUGUAACAGCCAACAGAAAGGUUUGUGAUGUGGCAGAACACUGAGCUGCAUGGGGUGCUGGGGUUGGAACCCUGGAAAUUUUGUCCGCCUGUGAGAAAGACUUUAAAAUGGAAGAGGUAGAUAUAAAAAGUCCUGUUGUUAA